AUGUUUAAAAGCGAGAUGAAGGUGGACGGCGAGAGGCUAUCGAGGAAGGUUCGAUUCCGAGUGGCGUCUUCGCACAGCGGAAGGGUGCUGAAGGAGGUCUAUGCCGAUGGGGAGGCUGCUGACUCUCUGGACUCUGAGUACACCAGUAGCUCAGAGACUGACCAAACCAGCCGGCUAAGCGAGGUGGAGGGGCAGCAGAACGGACACGUAGGGUCUGAGUGCGAUGAAAAUGAGACUGAGCAGGAUGACCUGCUCGUUUUAGUCAGAGCUGCUAAAGAGAGGCGCUUUGGUACAAAGAGAGUCAACAUCCUCAGCAAAAAUGGCACAGUCAGAGGAGUCAAGCACAAAGUCAGCGCUGGCCAAGCCCUCUUUGACAAUUUGGCAAAAGUAUUUCAGCAACCUGCCACAUCCCUGGAGUUUGGCCGCAUAGUAAUUUACACUACCAGCCUUCGUGUGGUGAGAAACACUUUUGAGAGAUGUGAACUGGUUAGAAAGAUCUUUCAGAAUCACAGAGUUAAGUUUGAAGAGAAAAACAUUGCUCUGAACAGCGAUUAUGGCAAAGAACUGGAUGAGAGAUGCAGGAGGGUCUGUGAAGUCCCCUCGCUCCCCGUCGUGUUUAUCGAUGGCCAUUACCUUGGGGGUGCUGAGAAAAUUUUACUUAUGAAUGAAUCUGGGGACCUGCAGGAUCUCUUAACCAAAAUCGAGAGAGUCCAACAUCCCCACGAGUGCCUCUCCUGUGGGGGCUUUGGUUUCCUGCCGUGCUCAGCGUGCCAUGGGAGCAAGAUGUCUCUGUUUCGGAACUGCUUUACGGACUCAUUCAAAGCCCUCAAGUGCACUGCCUGCAACGAGAACGGGCUGCAGCGCUGCCAGAGCUGUGCAGGAUGAG